CAUAUAAAUAUCAACAUAGCGAAGGCAAAUUAAUCUUCAUCUCAAACUUGAACUAUUACUCUUGAUAUUAUACACAUUCAUUUCCUUACAAUUUCAAAAAGAUGGACUCCCAGAAGAUGAGCUAUAAUGCUGGACAGGCCAAGGGCCAAGCUGAGGAAAAGACUAGCAACUUGAUGGAUAUGGCUAGCAAUGCUGCUCAGUCUGCCAAAGAAACUGUGCAAGGGGCUGGUCAACAGAUCAAGGCAUCAGCACAGGGAGCUGCUGAUGCUGUGAAGAAUGCAACAGGCAUGAAUAACAACAGCAAGUGAAUUAAUUAAAGAUGGAGGGAUCCUGAUCAUCCAGUUUCACUCAGUUUUUGUUUUCUAUUUUUGUUUCUUCUUUUUUGGGAGAGCAUUAUGUAUAAAAAGGUGCUCUAAUUUGGGUUUGUUUUUGUUUGGUGCUCCUUUAUAAGGAGUCUUGUGAAUAAGUCUUAAUUGUUUCAGAGAGAACUCUAUGAUGUAGUUCUCGCUUUGUUCAUUAAUAAAUAUAUUAUAUUUUAGAAUAAUUUAAAA